UCCCUGAAACAGAGACCAACUAAAUCCUCCAUGGGAGCAGCUGCGAAUGGGAUGUAUUAUGUUGAAUUCCCCACUGAGGAGGGGGAUGAGCCUCCUCCCCCCAUCAACCCAGUAGUUAGGGACCAUGUCAAUCUGCUCAGCGAAGUCUUGGAACUGUCUCUCAACCUGAAAAGAUCACGAGGCAGUCAAAAUGAUGGGGUGAAUGCAGAGACUUUAGAAGAUUGUCCACCACAACUCUAAAAACAGAAGACUAUAAGGGAAUUGGGUUUAACACCCCAGCCCUUAGGCUUCCCGCCCCACUUAAAGCGGGGAAAUUACCGGAAACCCUCCGGAUUAAUAUCGGUAAAUGAUUUUCCGAUACGUAUCGGUUUGUCAUUUCCCGAUUCGUAUUGAUAUAACAGCAUCAGAUAGGUUUUGAAACACAUAAUUUUCAAAACCCAUUUCCCUCCCCAAAUCACUCCCUCUUCAAAUCUCUCCCAAACUUGCGUUCCACCACUCCAAGCUUCGGUCCCAUCAUCAUCAAAGCUUCCUCAAAGCACCGGAACUCCCAUUCCAUUACAUUCAAAAGGAGAAUGAAGGGCGGGAGGAAGAGGUCUCGAUCUUCUACAGUCGAUGAUGCAGAGGAUCGCCACGAGCGCUUGCAUGCUUCUACGCGGCGCGGCGACCAUCGAGCAGCUAGUCAGGCGGUUGAGGCUUCGGCCCCGUCUCCGUCUCCGUCUGCUACUCCGGCUGGGGCUCCGUCUCCGUGUCCGUCUGCUACAGCUCCGUCAGGUGGUCCAUCUGCUACAGCUCCGUCAGGUACUCCGGCUGAGCCUCAGCCUCAUCCUACUCCGGUGUCUCCGAUGGUUGAGUUACCUCCUGAGGAGACAUCUGGCGAGCAGUAUUCUUCGGAGCCCAGUGGCGAGGAGUCUGCUUCUGAGACUGCUUCUGAGGCCAGUGGUGAGGAGGAGGAGCCUCUUAUUCUCCAGGAGGAGAUUGAUGCUGCUGAUGUGGUGCCAGAGGAGGGGGCACAGGGCGGUGCGGAUGACGACCUCAUCCAGAGGGUGACACCGUUUCCCGGGGGGCCUGAGGAUCUGUCGCUUCUUGCGCAUUAUCCUGACCACAAGGCUCCUUGGACGUGGCAGGCACUUCUUCGCACAGACCCGCGGUACGUGGACCGUCGAACAUUGAGGGUGGCCACUGUUGGGGGGAAGGUAUGGAACCUCCCAUGUGAUGGCGAUUCAGAGGCCCACACACAUGUGCGACAGCUGCUGCAGCAGACGGGUUUGUAUCACCUGCCUUGGUGCGGGUUACCCGAGACAGACCCAGCUGUCAUACUGGUCCUUGUUGAGAGAUGGCAUGAGGAGACGAGUAGCUUCCACAUGUCGUUCGGGGAGAUGACUAUCACCCUGGACGAUGUGUCUGCUCUUCUCCAUCUUCCCACAGGGUCGAGGUUCUACACUCCGGGCAGAGGGGAGCGAGAUGAGUGUGCAGCGCUCUGCGCCCAGCUUCUGGGAGGAUCUGUUGCUGAUUAUCUGCUUGAGUUUGAGGCGGCAGGUGGCCAGAACAUUCGGUUCAUUACUCUGAAGACCAUGUACACGUCUGCUAUGGAUGGUAUGUCUUAA